GCGGGGAGAGCGGGCGACGCGGCAGCACCCUACCAGAGGCUGGACUAGUCGGGAGACCCUAGCGCCCCUGCUCCUGGCCUCCGCCCCCUCGUGGUCUCCGCCUCCUUGUCUCACACACCCCCCGGGCCGCCGGGCCCCAGGCCUUCCCGGCGCUCCUCCUUCCUCUCUUCAUACUCGCUCUGGCCGGGGUCCUCUUGCUGCCUGCUGGCCUUGCUGCUUCUGGGGCGAGUCCUCCUCCUUGGGCUCUCCUUUCUCUCUCUCUCUCUGUCUCUCUCUCUCUCUCACACACACACACACACACACACUCGUGCCCUUGCUCUCUGGGCCACCCCUUCCUCUCCAGCCCUACUCAUCUCUUCCUUGCUAACGCCGCCGUCGGGGGAGGAUUGAUGUCCCUUCAGCAUCAUGCAGCCACCGCCGAGAAAGGUGAAAGUAACACAAGAACUGAAAAACAUUCAAGUUGAGCAGAUGACAAAACUUCAAGCCAAACAUCAAGCAGAAUGUGAUUUGCUUGAAGAUAUGAGGACAUUCAGUCAGAAGAAGGCUGCUAUUGAAAGAGAGUAUGCACAGGGUAUCCAGAAGUUGGCUAGUCAGUACCUGAAGAGAGAUUGGCCUGGAAUAAAAGCUGAUGAUCGGAAUGAUUACAGGAGCAUGUAUCCUGUUUGGAAAUCCUUUCUCGAGGGAACAAUGCAGGUAGCCCAGUCUCGGAUCAAUAUAUGUGAAAAUUAUAAAAACUUCAUUUCUGAGCCUGCCAGGACUGUGAGAAGCUUAAAAGAACAGCAACUAAAAAGGUGUGUGGACCAGUUGACAAAGAUCCAAACUGAAUUACAAGAGACAGUGAAAGAUUUAGCUAAAGGCAAAAAGAAGUACUUUGAGACUGAGCAGAUGGCUCAUGCAGUGCGAGAGAAAGCUGACAUUGAGGCAAAGUCUAAACUUAGUCUUUUUCAAUCAAGAAUCAGUUUACAGAAAGCAAGUGUAAAGUUAAAAGCCCGGCGAUCUGAGUGUAAUUCCAAAGCUACCCACGCAAGGAAUGAUUAUCUUCUUACACUAGCAGCAGCAAAUGCACAUCAGGAUCGCUACUAUCAAACAGAUUUAGUUAACAUUAUGAAGGCUCUCGAUGGCAAUGUGUAUGAUCACCUCAAGGAUUAUUUAAUAGCCUUCAGCCGGACUGAGCUAGAAACAUGCCAAACUGUGCAGAACACAUUCCAGUUUUUGUUAGAGAACUCCAGCAAGGUGGUACGGGACUAUAAUCUUCAGCUGUUUUUACAAGAGAAUGCUGUAUUUCACAAACCUCAACCCUUCCAGUUCCAGCCCUGUGACAGUGAUACUAGUCGACAAUUAGAAUCAGAAACUGGGACCACAGAGGAGCACAGUCUAAAUAAAGAGGCUAGGAAAUGGGCCACACGUGUGGCACGUGAGCACAAAAACAUUGUUCAUCAACAACGGGUUCUAAAUGAACUUGAAUGCCAUGGAGUUGCUGUAUCAGAACAAAGCCGAGCAGAACUGGAACAGAAAAUAGAUGAAGCUAGAGAAAAUAUUCGUAAAGCAGAGAUAAUUAAGUUGAAAGCUGAAGCCCGGCUAGACCUGCUAAAGCAGAUUGGCGUUUCUGUGGACACAUGGCUAAAGAGUGCCAUGAACCAAGUAAUGGAAGAACUGGAAAAUGAGCGGUGGGCACGCACUCCUGCAGCCACCAGCAAUGGCACACUACACUCGCUAAAUGCAGAUAAUGAAAGAGAAGAAGGAGAAGAGUUUGAAGACAAUAUGGAUGUUUUUGAUGACAGCAGUUCUAGUCCUUCUGGUACCUUAAGAAAUUAUCCACUCACCUGCAAAGUUGUUUAUUCCUACAAGGCUUCUCAACCAGAUGAGUUGACCAUUGAGGAACAUGAGGUGUUAGAAGUGAUUGAAGAUGGAGAUAUGGAAGACUGGGUAAAGGCUCGAAAUAAAGUUGGCCAAGUGGGUUAUGUGCCAGAAAAGUACCUACAGUUUCCCACCUCGAACAGCCUACUGAGCAUGCUGCAGUCCUUGGCCGCUUUGGACAGUCGGUCACACACAUCCAGCAAUUCCACGGAAGCAGAACUCGUUUCAGGCAGCCUCAACGGAGAUGCCAGUGUCUGUUUUGUGAAAGCACUUUAUGAUUAUGAGGGCCAGACAGAUGAUGAGCUAUCUUUUCCUGAGGGAGCAAUCAUUCGUAUCUUGAACAAAGAGAACCAAGAUGAUGAUGGCUUCUGGGAAGGGGAAUUCAAUGGGCGGAUUGGAGUGUUCCCAUCGGUGCUAGUGGAAGAACUUUCAGCCUCAGAAAAUGGUGAUACUCCAUGGAUGAAAGAGAUUCAGAUCUCUCCUUCCCUCAAGCCGCAAACCUCCCUGCCUCCGCUACCGCUGUAUGACCAGCCUCCCAGCAGUCCUUACCCCAGCCCGGAUAAGAGGAGUGCCCAGCUCUUCCCCCGGUCUCCUUCUACAAAUGAAAACAGCCUCCAUGCUGAGUCACCAGGAUUCUCACAGGCAUCAAGGCAAACUCCUGAGACCUCAUAUGGCAAACUCCGGCCUGUCCGAGCGGCUCCCCCUCCACCCACACAGAACCACCGGAGGCCAGCAGAGAAGAUGGAGGAUGUGGAGAUCACACUGGUGUGACUAUGGGCUUGCCCUUUGUUACCGCUACAAUCAAGGCCAGGCUUGGAGUUUGGCCCAUCCUGUUGUUUAGGCACCUUUGCAUGAUGGUGACUCUUGAACAGAGCAAAACCAAGGCAGAUUCUCUGUGACUGGGUGGCCUGGCGAACACCUCCCAUGUUUUGAAUAUUUUGUGCCUUUUUUUUGUUGUCAUUUUCUAUGUCAUCUCUCCUACCAUAGCACAAAUCCUAGUGGGCCCUAGAAGCAGAGGGGAGCAGCCCUCAUGCCUAACAGUGGUCCGUUUUUAUAGGAGAUUCCAGUCCAGGCCUCAUUCCAGGGAAUAGUCACAGAAUUCUGAUCAUGUGUGCUCGUACAGUAUAUUACUGUGGCCACAAGGAUGUGGCAAAGAUCUCAUCUUUCUUCAAGUGGCUUUUGCUCAUCUGAUUAAGUAUUAAUCGGAUUCUGUUGGCUCCAAAAGGAAACAGAAGGAGGGAUUCAGGAGAGGCUGGCUCCUCCCCGAAGUUCGUCCCCAGAUGAAGAGUGAAACCAUACCGGGAAAAAGUGGACUGCCCGUUGCAUUAGCGCCAGUUGCAUUAACGCACAUCUCUUCCACAACUAACAGAUUUAAAAUAAUAACAGUGUCCUUUGUAUUAAUAUUUAUGCCAUUCAUUUAGUAUUAGUGGGGCUAACCUGGAGGGGGCUAAACUAGUAGCCACAUCUUGCCCAUCACAUAGACUAACAGAAAGGAGGCUACGGCCACAGCAGAGAUGGAGCUUCCAGUUCUGAAAUGAGCCGGUUUAAUGUUCUUUUUGUCUUUGGACAUUUUUCAACUCAGUUUUUACAGCAUAUACUCCUCUGACCAAUAUCUUUAGAACCUGAGUGUCUGAUAAAUUAAGGACACAUGCCUGCUUGUUGAGCUUCUCUAUCGGGGAGGUCCCUAGCACCAUUUUGUUCGCAAGCUAGUGCACUGACCCAGACAGCCUGAUCGCUGUUGGUAUAGACAAGCUGUCACUCAUGAAAAAUGCAGCCUCCAGGUCCUCCCUGAUGCUUCCUAGGAAGGAAGAACCUGUGGGCCUGUGGAGGAAACUAGCUUCCUGAGCAAGAAAAGACUCUGACUGCAUAUCCCACACAAGUGCAGACUGAUGAGGAAGAGGAGCCUUCUGCGAGUCCCAGGAGAGCUGGGGGUGGGAGGGGUGCUCAGCAGUCUGCAGCACUGGGAACAGCGUGGGGCUCUGGCUUUCCACCCAUGGAAGGUAGAGAGUGUGUUACCUAGGGACUAAGGGAGGCUUGCCUGUUGCUUUUCUGUUUUUGCUAAGAAAUCAGAUUUUUUAGAAUUUAAUCCAAAAGUUGUAUUAUGCUUUGAAAAUCCCAUCCCUCUUAAGAAUCUUUAGAAACUUGAAAUGCUCACCAAACAUCCCCGUGGGAUUUUUGACAAAAUGUAGGGUCAGAACCGAAGAAGUUUUCAGUUAUUCAUUUGAUCACUUCAGUAAUGAUACCCCUUGACUAUUCUCUAUGGUUUUGGUUUUUUGCAUUUUGUAAGCUGUUGAUCUAUUUGAGGUCUUUUUAUGUUUAUCAAACUUAUUCUUAAGUUUAAAAAAGCAAUUAAAAGGGUGGUUUUUUAAAGAUUUUACAAUUUGCUGAAAUGUUACAAAUCUAAAAAGUGCUUAUUAAAUAGAGCAGUUCAACUUGCCACCCAGUCUUCUACUCUUUCUUUAGCUAGCCAAAUUAUCCUUGAAUUUGGAUUUUUCACAACUUCAGAAAGUUGUUGAAGUCUUUUGUUAGAUCUUAAAAUGUUUCUUGGAAGAGCUGCUAAUUUUAUUUUUAAAAACAAAGUUGUAAAAAUAUGCCUCCUUUUUAAAAAAAUAAUCCCUCCCUCCAGGUCAUGUAACCCAGCAUCACCAUGCACAGGACAGGGCUCAGAAGGAGUCUCUGUGCAGAUGCGCUUUCUUUACAGUGGCUGUAAAAAAUUUGUAUUUAUUAUGUAUAAAAUAUUGAAUAAUAAAAAAUGGAAUUAA